AUGCUCUCAGAAAGCUUUGUCGCGUCGACCUUGGCGUCCGCGAAAACGCCUGUCUCCGCGUCCCUGAGGGAUGUCGGAAUUUGUCUUCAUGAGUUUCAGCCGUCAUCUACCCUACGGUCCACCUUCAAGAAGAGCUCGACUGCGCCAAAUUGUUUGGCUGUGAGUGUGUCGCACGUAUUUGCUGCGCAAUCAGAAAAGGCAAUUGUGCAUGUAUAUAGCAGGGAAAAGGGUAAUCAAGAAGCUACUGUUCCAUUUCCAGAGCGCAUCCGCAGCAUUGCCGUUGCAGGAUCCAAGAAUGGCGAUAUCGUGGUUUUGGGCACAGAGGGUGGCCGCCUGAUUUUGUGGGAGGUUUGCACCGGGCGUCAAGUUGCUACCACGGCGUCGCAUUUACGCCCCGUUACCACCGUGGUGGUCGAUUCCAGCUCGAACUUCAUCCUCUCCGGUUCGUCGGAUGCCAGCAUCCAUGUUUGGUCAUUAGUAGACCUCCUGUCUUUCACAAAACCUCCAUUAGGCCGCGACCGACAACCCCCGAACUCGCCUAUCCGCACGUUCUCGAAUCACCGCGCAGGCGUUAGUGCAAUUGUGGUGGGCCACAGCACUAGCAAAUACAAUAUCGCUGUUUCUGCUGCCCAAGAUAAUACUGCUAUCGCCUGGGACUAUAAAACCGGUCAUGUUCUCCGGAACUUCCUUUUACCGUCUAGUGCGGCUUCCCUUGCCCUCGACCCUGUUGAUAGAGCACUCUAUGUGGGUUAUGAGGAUGGAAGCGUCCAGUCGGUAGACUUUUAUAAGGACCAGCCUACCCAACAUGCUCUUUAUAAUCCCUCACUGCAGGCAACCCCGGCGCAGGUAUCUUCAGAGGAACGCUGGCUGCCACCUUCCGCUGAUAGCGGCGCAGCACAUGCCCUGACUCUUUCUUAUGAUGGCAUGACCCUGUUAUCGAGUCACGAAAAUGGCAAGGUUUACUCCUGGAAUGUUGGAAGACGGAAAUACGCCUCAAUAAUAGCAGACUUGACACAUCCGGCCACGAACAUUGUUAUGCUGCCUCUCGAUGGUUUGUACCAGCAGGCUACCAAUCUAAAGCGAGUAGCACAUACUAUAGUCAAGCCAAGAUACGAUCAUGCCCUUUCAGAAAACGCCCAAGCCGCAGGCACUGUCCCCGCGGACUACGAGUUCAGCACACAUUUGCUACAUUCAUUAGAAACACCUGCAGGGUCAGACUGGUUUAUGGACGCCUUUUCUCACUCUUCAUUCCCCACAUCUAUGCUCGAACGAGGCCUAGCUGAGCUCGCUGCUAUGGGUCAACCAGAAUCGAAUGCAGUAUCAGCCCCCUACGCCGCAAUGGAUGUUGAUAACCCUGCGAAAGAUUCCCAAAUCGCCUCUCUAGGAAGCGAGAUCGCUACUUUGAAGCAAAAAGCUUCUGCCAGCGAUACAGCCCGACAAUCCACUACUGAUGAAAUUACACAACUCCGCUCAGAAAUUGUUAAUCUUCACGACUAUAUCAGCGAGCUCAAUGGGAAACAGGAGCAUUCACAUCGGGAGAAGGUCCGGCGGCAGGCACGAAAGGAGGAAAAGGCAACUCGACGUCGGGAAUCCUGGUUUGCGGCGGAGAAAAAGGGGAAGAACGGUGAUUCUGUACUUCGCCGAAUGGAAGUCGAGGACUCUGAAACGAGUGGCACCGAUGAUCAAAGCAGUGACGAACAAUGA